CCCCUUAAAGAUUUCGGAAAUUAAUGCCUGUGAUGAAAUACAAAACGCCGUGUUCUCCCUUGCGUCUCAAUUAUCAACGCCAUUCUUUCAUACGUACUUUAUCAUUAACUUUAAAGCCUAAUUCGCACCGAUCAGCGCGGGUCUUGUGCCACAAAAUAUAUACCCACGCUCGCUUACGAAGAAACAUACCCACACGUUCGUUCAACAUGCGCUCCGCUCAAGUUGCUAUCGCUGCUGUGGCGCCCAUGCUGGCGCUCGCACAGAGCAGCGAUGAUAGUGUUUACACCGUCACGGCUGGCGGUGCUACCUACACGGCUGAUUACGAUGAUCCUGCCUAUACCGUACCUGCUUGGACUGAGUUAUCAGGGAGGGCUUCAAACAGACUCAGCUUACAUCGAGGCCGCCAACACUAUCUACCUGGCCAUUGCAACCCGGUCGGACGCCGAUGCCAUCAUGUCGUCCAUUGAUGGCGAGGGCUUCCUAAACGGCGACUACACAACCGCGGAUUGGUACAAGACCGGCGUGCCGACCAGCGCGCAGAGCGAGUUUGCCACCGUCAUUGCGUCGUUCAAGGCCGUCGAGACCAGUGUGCUUGGCGAGACCGGCGCGGCAGCCACCACGGCCACGGCCAAAGCGACUGCAACUGGGUCCUCGACCGUCAAAUCCGCCGCUUCUGGUUCAGGCACCGCGUCUGGCGCUUCGGCUUCGAGCACGAGUGCCAGCACUGCCGGCGCACAUAGGUCCAUGGCCACCGGUGGUGCUGUCGCUGGACUUGCUGCUGCCAUUGCUGUCGGUGUCAUGUACUAGAUAUUCUCUUACCGUAUUGCGUGGGAGGUGCAGAUCGCUUUCUGUAUAUAAUUCCGCUUCUGGAGCUAUUUCAUGCAUAAUUACAAUCAGGCGUUAAGCAUAUGGGAACUAGCAUGGCAAGACUGGCUGGCGCAAAUAGCACAUGCAAUAUGGAUGGUAACAUGAAAA